GCCCGCACACCGAAACAGUUACUUUUCGUGCUCGAUUUAAUAUUGAUUUAAGUGCAACUUUUUUUAUGUCGCAAUAAAACGCAACAGUUGUCGUUUUUCGUAUGUUCGUUUUUUACAAUCCGAAGAACGUUUAACUCGUUGCUAAUACUGUAAAAAUAUUCGUAUUUGACUUGAUUUUUUCAAAGGCAAGAGCACAAAUGUUACUAUUUCUGCACGACAAUGCACCGUUUCGGAACGUUGAAAAUCAUCGGUCUAAUUGCACACGACUGACACGUCGUCUCGUGCGUUCUUGCGCGUACCGCGAGUCCGCCUAACACUUCAAACGGCCGCGGAAAAAGACGUAUUCGAAUGUUACGCAUAUGUUUACGUUUGUUGUUCGCGCGCACGGAAUCCACGGCCGCCAACGACGGGACACGCACGCACCAUAUCGAGUGAAGCGGUCGUUUCGCCGAGGACGGGGGAAAAGAAAAAAAGAGUCCAGAGUAAUACGACCAGGUGUUGCAGAAGUGAUAUAUGAAUGUCUGAAAGAUGCCAUUCAAACAUUUGAUAUAUUUUACAACAGGCAGUUUGAUGGCAGGCUUAUGAAGUGUGAUAUGAACAAGUCGCAAAAUGUUUCCACGUGUUAUUGAUAUGUGUAAAUCUUCGGCGCACGUCACUCACGAUAUAGACGCUGUACAUACUGCAUUAUUUAAUAAGUAGUUUUAU